AUGCAAAAACUGACGGAGCGCAUAGACGACCUGAAGCAGAGAAUCGCUGCUUGGGGAAAGCGAAUUCGGCGAUAUACCGAGAGGUCGACACGGUUCAGCCAGAAUCGUCUCUUUCAGAGUGAUCAGAAGAGGCUCUAUAAAUCAUUGGAGCGACCAAUGGUAAGUGGAACGGGCCCAGUACCGAAUCAGGCCGACACGGUCGCAUUCUGGCGCAGCCUGUGGUCAGAGCCCGUAAACCACAAGGAGGGCCCUUGGACGGAAGUUGUGGCGAGUCAGUGUGCGGGUAUUACGCCCAUGGACCCCGUCACCAUAACGCCGGAUGACGUAGUUGAGGCGGUCCGUAGGGCCCCGAACUGGAAAAGCCCGGGACUCGACGGGCUGCAUCACUACUGGCUGAAGGGGUUCGUGGUGUGUCACACUGUGCUCGCCCGACAGUUUCAAGAGGUUCUCAACCAGAAGUCGCUCCCGAGCCUCUUCACUACUGGGAUCACCCAUUUGGUUCCUAAAGGCCAGGGUACCACAGACCCGAGCAAAUACCGCCCCAUCACAUGUCUACCGACCAUAUACAAGACACUAACAUCCAUUUUGAGCGCGAGAAUCACUCGUCACCUGGACUCAAAUCAGGUGAUGCCGCGCGCUCAAAAUGGAUGUUGA